UAGCAGACUGUUUUAAGAAGAAGAAAUGGGAAACGGAUGAUGAUGCAUUGAAGAUAGCAGUCCUGUAUUUUGUCAACAACUUCUUAUUUUCUCAACUCAAAACAAAGUCUAUUUCACGGUCUUACAUUGACUUGGUUGAUUCUGGUGAUUUUAAUAAUUAUCCCUGGGGUAUAGAUGUUUAUAAAGCUACAAUUGACUCAUGUUCCAACAAGUUUCAAGAUAAGCCUUCUUUUUAUAGACUUGGUGGCUUCCCGUUGGCUUUACAGACUUGGUUGUAUGAAUGCUGCCCAAGUUUGGAUGGUCACUUUGCUGAUCAUCUUGGAAACAACAAACUUCCACGAAUUUUGAAAUGGGCAGUCGUGGGUCAAAUCCCAAAUGAGUGAGUUGCUUUGCAAAUGUGUAGCUUGCAACGCAAGCAGCUAAAGAACAUCACCCCAACUGAUGAUAAGAAGAAACAAUUUGAUGUGCGUGGUCUAAGCUUUGAAAUUGAAGUUGAGUGCACUGACAGCCAACCCAGCCAGCCCGAUAGCUUUCAGGUUUUUGGCACUCAAUUACCAAAGACAAAAAGUAUACCUGAAAGUACUGGAGGUGAUUCCCAACCUACCAAUGCUGAGGUAAUGAAGGAGUUACAAGCUUUGACGUUUUUUGUAGAGAACAAGUUUGAGGAGGUGCUUGCAGCUAUUGGUAGGCAGUCAGUGAAACCAGAGGAAAAUUCAGCGCACAAGCAACAGGAUGAUGAUUUGCGUUCUGCCCCCUUCGUAAAUGAGCAUGAUUUUGGCUUGGAUUCUAACUUUGAACUAUCUGCAUCUGCAAUUGAUCAAAUCACCACUAUUACACAACAAGCAACAUAUAAGCAAUCAUCUCAUGAUGUUAAAAAGUCGGGUCCUGCUCCGCUGCCAUCAGGAAUCCCUGUACAGACACGAGGAAAUGUUGUUAUUAAGUCUAAUACUGCUCCACAGGCAUGUAGGGUUGAUGGUGUUGGUCAAGUGGAUGUUGGUGGAAGUAAUGUGAAUUUUCCUUCUGCUCCAUGUCGACACGGGGGUGAUCUUCACUUGGAUUCUGAUUUUGAAUAUACUGAUUCUCAACUUUAUCUAAUUGCUGCCAUUACACAAGGAGGGAGACGUAAUGUAAAUCAAUAUGGAAAUGAUCUGACAACUCGUGCUGUAAAUAAGUCUAAACCUGAUCAGUCGGUAUCAAGAAAUAUUGUUCAGAUACAAACAGAUGUUGAAACUACUCCUGCAGUUUUAACACGGAAAAGGCGACCCGCAACUGUAAAACAGUCACCGUAUAGAAAUGACUGGCAAUCUGGUGUUAGUGCAGUUGGGGGAUCCUCGAAGGUUAUCAAAGGAAGAUUUCCAUUUGUAAAUGACAUUUCAGAGACGGUUGAUUUUAAGCUUACGACUGCAUUCUCAAACUUUGUUGAAGCAAAUAUGCAAUUGGGAGAGGAAGUGUAUUUACCUGGUGAUCAAAAGCUAGAGCCUUAUUUUGACUUUGAAGUUGAAUAGAUUGAUGAUAAGACGUUUUUCCAUACCUUAAACUUUUCUGGC